CUCAGCGCCAGGUCGCCGCGGUAGAGACCAAACCCGCGCCCCGCCCCGCCCGGCCCCGCCCGGCCCGGCCCCCUCCCGCUCCCCGGACCGACCGCGCCGUCCCGCUACGCCGUCCGGAGUGAGCCCCUCGUUCCGCGCUCGGGCUUCGAAAUGGCUUCGGUGACUGAUGGUAAAACUGGAGUCAAAGAUGCCUCUGACCAGAAUUUUGACUACAUGUUCAAACUGCUUAUCAUCGGCAACAGCAGUGUUGGCAAGACCUCCUUCCUCUUCCGCUAUGCUGAUGACACCUUCACCCCAGCCUUUGUCAGCACGGUGGGCAUCGACUUCAAGGUGAAGACAGUCUACCGCCAUGAGAAGCGAGUGAAGCUACAGAUCUGGGACACAGCUGGGCAGGAGAGGUACCGCACCAUCACAACAGCCUAUUACCGCGGGGCCAUGGGCUUCAUCCUGAUGUAUGACAUCACCAAUGAGGAGUCCUUCAGUGCCGUCCAGGACUGGGCUACUCAGAUCAAGACCUACUCCUGGGACAACGCACAGGUUAUUCUGGUGGGGAACAAGUGUGACAUGGAAGAAGAGAGGGUUGUUCCCACUGAGAAGGGCCGACUUCUUGCAGAGCAGCUUGGGUUUGAUUUCUUUGAAGCCAGUGCCAAGGAGAACAUCAGUGUGAGGCAGGCCUUUGAGCGCCUGGUGGAUGCCAUUUGCGACAAGAUGUCUGAUUCGCUGGACACGGAUCCCUCCAUGCUGGGCGCCUCCAAGAGCACGCGUCUGUCAGACACCCCGCCACUGCUGCAGCAGAACUGCUCAUGCUAGCAAGACCCACCCUCCUAACUGCCCCUCAUUGUGACCCCACACUCUGCUUCUCCCUGUCACACACUGUCCACCCCCAGCCCCAAGCAAGCUGAGUUGCUGCUGUCCUUUGCCUGCCCCUGGGGUUCUCUGCAGAUGGCCCUGAUAACAGACACUGAGCGCUAGACGUAAGAGCACAGGUCACGGCACGGGUGGAGAUUCACUUUACAAAAGAAGAGUCCAUUUUUACAAAGGGGAUUUACUAUAGGGACUUGGUAAGCGAGUUUCCUUCCUGCCUUUCAAAUGAGAGUUCCUCCAUUUACCAAAAUCUGACACACAUACACGCUUUUCAGGGGCUGGCCAACUGUGUAAAGUGAGGGCUCGCCCACACAGCUAAUCCUAUUAAAGAAAACCUCCCAAAGCACAACAUGCUUAUUUCAUAACAGGCUCCCUGCGGAGCUUUCUCUCACUGCAAGUCAAGCGGCUCUGAGAGCCUCGUGCCUGUUACCACGGAUGCCCACAGGGCCUGGGCAGUUGCUGUGGUGACAGGCCAGCACUAAUCUUCAGAGAGUUCAGAUUCUCUAAUGAUGCUGAAGGAGCAAAGGCUGAGUCAGAAACACUUAAAAGAGAAAGAUUGUCCCCUGCAAAAUGUCAAAGGUUCCUGCUAUAUGAAAAAGUGAGUAAGUGAGCUCAGGAAAGAAAAAGAGGAUUGGUGUCUGUAGCUCAGUGGUUAUAGCGCCGGCCACACACCAGGGCUGGUGGGUUUGAACCCUGCUCAGGCCAGCUAAACAACAAUGACAACAACAAGAACAUAAAUAGCCGGGCGUUGUGGCAGGUGCCUGUAAUCCCAACUACUCGGGAGGCUGAGGCAAGAGAAUCGCUUAAGCCCGAGAGUUUCAGGUUGCUGUGAGCUGUGACGCCACAGCACUCUACCGAGUGUGACAUCAUCAGACCCUGUCCCAAAGAAACCAAAAAAGAAAAGGAAAAAAGAGAGAAGGAGGAAAAGAAACACAGGCCAGAUAAAGAAACAGACUGUACUUUCUGACUUUGCUACUUUCCAGCAAGGUCUUAAUUGUGGGAACUUCAUAAAAUUGGUUUCUCAGACUCCUGGAAUGUGAAAAUUUUAGAGUUGGUGGGAUCCCCAAAUUUACCUAGUCUGACUAAGCAAUUCUAACCUUUCUAUCUCAGACUAGUGGCCGUCAAGCGUCACAGCCAAAUCCUUUCCUUCUAAAGCACACUUUCUAGGCAGGCACAGGAGGCCAUUGUUCACACCAUCUUGGGGCAGCUCUGAUAGGAAGUUUUCCUUGAUUUAAGUUUAAACUCACCCCCUGGAUGGUCUUCUUCCUCUUCCCACCUCAUCUGCACUGGCUUUGCUAUCAGAGACCUCUGCCCGGUGACACCCUUAGAUGGUCUGAGAGUAAGACCUGCCGUUUCUCUAGGUCCCCAUUCUUCACAGGGUCUUCUCCCCAUCCUGCCUCUUUCCUUAACCCAUCUUUCAAUUACCCCUCAACAGUCUAACUUGGAAAUGUGAUUGAAGCAGAAUAAAUCUAAGAGGACAUGAUACUGAAAAUAUUGGGGAAAAUAAACUCAGAGAUCCCAAUCUCAACCCCAUUCUCCUGGGAGAGAAACCCUAGUUUCUACCAAAGAUAAGAUGUGAAACUACUUCUGGUAGAAGCCCCUUAAUUAAACCCCUUAAGAAAAAAAAAAAGAGAGAGAGAGGAGAAAAUAAACUCUAACACCAAAAUGGAUUAGCUCAAGAUUCUAGCUUGCUUGGCCAGAGUCACAUAUUUGGGUUUUAGCUGAAAUAAUGAAAUGAAAAUGGCUAUGAUUCCUGCCAAUCUUUCCUCUCGACCAUGGCCUGAAUUCUUAACUUCCCCUUGCACUAACAUGCUGCUUCAUAGUUGUUGUCGAUGUGGUAGGGGAGAGUCUCCCCAGUUUUUUUUGAGACAGUCUCACUAUGUCGCCCUCAGUAGAGUACUAUGGCAUCACAGCUCACAGCAACCUCAAACUCUUGGGCUUAAGGGAUUCUCUUGCCUCGGGCUCCCAAGAAGUAGCUGGGACUACAGGUGCCCACUAAACACCCGGCUAUUUUUUGGUUGCAGUUGUCAUUGUUGUUUGGUAGUAGGCCACGUCCGGGCUCAAACCCACCAGCCUUGGUGUAUGUGGCCGGUGCCCUACUCACCGAUCUAUGCCCCCCGCCCCAGCCUUGCCCUGUUUUUUUCUUGCUUUCAAAUGCAGCUCAUUGUCCUAGAAAAGUUCAUUAACUAGCAAGAAAUCCAUUGACUAAAUAAAAGGACCACCCAGAGUCAGCUUUAUGGACAUGUUGCAGUUCCUGAGGACAGAGCUUUGAACUUGGAAUCAAGACGGGGACUCUGCCAUUACGUCAAAUGUGACUAUGGACAAGUUAUUCCCCAUCUCUUAGUUUUUAUUUCCUACUUGUAAAAUGAGGGAGUUUAUUUGGAUGAUCUUUAAGGUCUCUUCUAGUACUAAUAACUCUGUGACUCUUUUUUUUCCCCCACCUUCACUAUUUAAGAUGAUCUGCCAAACAAAUCCGAGAGAUCAGGAUCACCAACUCAAUGUUAUUUUAGCUAACACUGAUGUCAUGCUUACUCUGUACUAGACAUGGUUCCAAGUACUUUACAGUAUUAACUUAUUUAUUUACCCAACAUCUUUGUAAAGGAGGCACUAUAAUCAGCCUCAUUUGCAGAUGAAGAAACAAACGUCCAAAGAGAUUGUAGCUGCUUAAAAACAAUUGCAUAUCAAUGGGGGGGGGGUGACAGGGACUAGUUUGUUUCACAUGUCCCUGUCCCCUUCCCCCAUUGGUUUGCAACUGUUUAAAGGUCACAAAAUGAGUAAAUGGUAGUGGAGUUCAAACCCGGGCAGUAGCUCCCAGAUCUGUGCUCAUAACCACAAUCCCUACUGCGUCUUUUACAGAUAAACUGUGAUCCAGAGAGAGGUUGAGAGACUUGGAUCACCUUGCUAGUGAGUGUUAAAGACACAAUAGGACAGGGCCAUCAGAUUCCAAAUCCACUGGAGAAGACUUAAGUCUCUAAUCUGUUAACAAAUUGCUUCACUACUCAGACUAAUCUGGUGUGAUGGAUGUCUAAUGCUUAGGAAAGGAUAGUCAGUCUCUGAGGCAACCAGGUCCCAUGGGCCUGAGCAAAAAAAUGCCCACUGCUUCUCUGGCCCAAACAUCUGCCUUGUCAGGCAAUACUAAUCAGGCUCUCGGGCAGCGCUCUAAGCAGCCUCUAUGCUCCAGCAAUUGGCCCCCUUUUGGGGGAACAGACUUAAUUAGCUCUUCUGACCAUGGAAGAAUACAGUCCGUUCACAGGGCUGUGGUUCUGGGUGUGCUUUUUACACUGUAGAGUUGCUUACGCUGUCAAGGAUAAUGACUGUUUUUUCUGGAUAGUAACACCCACCUACCCCAGUACUAGGAUUUCAGACAGAGGUCCUCAUAACCCCUGGAUGUAGGUCCUCAUAACCUAUAUACCUAUAUACAUAUAUAUUUUUAUUUUGAGACAGUCUCAAGCUGUCACACUAGGUAGAGUGCCGUGGCAUCACAGCUCAUAGCAACCUCAAACUCUUGGGCUUAAGUGAUUCUCUUGCCUCAGCUUCCCAAGUAGCUGGGACUACAGGUGCCCGCCACAGCACCCGGCUAUUUUUUUGUUGCAGUUGUCAUGUUGUUUUAGCUGGCCCAGGCCAGUUUGAACCUGCCAGCCUUGGUGCAUAUGGCCGGCGCCCUACCCACUGAGCUAUGGGCAUUGCCCAAUAUACCUAUAUUAAACAAUCUUUUCUCUCCUACUGAAUAUCCAGGCAAAUAAUGAAUUUUUUUUUAUACCAUCAAAUUCUUUAAAAUUCAGUUCAAGGGAGCCAGUUCAAGGAAACAAGCAUCUUCACGGCAGAUGGAAUCAAGAGUUAAAUAUUCUAGUGGCAAACUCUUCUACUGGGCACCAGACAACCACACCUGCUUAUUGUUACUCAGCAAUUCCCUAGCCCUGCUCUGUGACCUCGUUUCUGUUGAGUGAAAGCAGCGGCUUCCAACCGAUCACAGCAUAAUGUUCAUCAAUCAUGGUACUAGUGCAAUUAGCCACCCAGGUUCAAGCUGCGUAAUAUGAGUUAGUGGCAACUUGUCCCGGAUUUCAUCUUCCUCAACAAUCCAAAUAAAUGAAGAUAUAAAAAAAAAAACCUCUUGACUUCUAAAGAGGAAGUAGGCCAAAAGUGCAAUACAGUAUUGUAGUUAUUUACAGAAUCUGUUUUAAAUGCAUGUGUAUCUGUAAAUACAAAGUGAUUCGUGACUUAUCAUUGUCUCCUCUCCUCAGUCUGGAGCAGCAGUGGCAUAGUGUGUCCUGAAUGACCACAGACUUGUUGAACAACAAAAGUGGGAGGAAGAUUAGAGAAGAUUUUGACUAGGCUCCUAUUUUACAGAAGGAAGACUAAGGUCCUGGAAGUGAGGGGCAAUCUAAUCAUUCUGAGAGUACAUUAGUGAUGGAGCCAGCUGUAGGUCUCAAAUCACCUCUAAGAAGACAUUCACCUAUAUGAGAAUCUACUAUGGGCCUAGUAGAUGGAUAAUCUAUUAUAUGUAGAUAAAUACAGAUAAAAACAAAUGAUCCCUGCCUACAAGGUUCCUAUCAUUUAAUGGAGGUUCUGUUUCUAAAAUACUUACUACUAUUAUACCCAUUUGGCUGUCAAGGAAACAUAGCCCUGAAAAAGGUAACAUGCCCAAGACACUCACUAGUAUCAUUUUGAACCAUCUCUGACUCAUGCCCUUUUCAGAUUUUUUCUUUAGAUCGUCUCAGACGAGGGAUAAAUGGAGUGGUGGUAGUAACAGGCUCCCAAGGCUUCUUGGAGUUAAUUAGAUAACCUCAUUUGGGCCAUUGUUGUCCUCAAACGGCGGCCUGUGGACCACACGAAGCGGUGUGAAUUGUAUUUGUUCCCGUUUUGUUUUUUACUUCAAAAUAAGAUAUGUGCAGUGUGCAUAGGAAUUUGUUCAUAGUUUUUUGUUUUAAACUAUAGUCCGGCCCUCCAACGGUCUGAGGGGCAGGGAAUUGGCCCCCUGUUUAAAAAGUUUGAGGACGCCUGCUUUAAAACAUCCACAGAGUGGUAUGGCCAUCCUCCAGACCUGACUCUCCCUCCCACUCACACCACCUAUUCCUUCCUGUCUGCCCCACCAGCUCCUUGCUCGUAUAUCAAGUUUCCUGGAGUGUCUUCAGAAAUAUUUGUUUGACUUUGUUUGCCGACACUGUGGGGGAAGUGGAAGGAAUUACAAUAAUCAGUGUCCCAGAGUCUCAUUGAUUUCAGAUUCUACAUCCCAAUUACCUGCAGUAGCUGAAAAUUUAGGUAGCAGCCUGUGACUUAAAGUACAUGCAAAAAACUUUUAAAUUGUGGAUUUUUAAGGCUUGGAUCCCUUAUACGAAGUAGGUAAAACUCAAAUUUAUUCCACAAAUGAAUUUUAUUCCACAAAUGAAUGCGUAGUAUGUGCCAGGGUACAAUCAGUGUCAAAUUAGACACAGUCCUUAACUUCAUGAAACAUACAGCUUUAGUCUAGAUAUUGUCAAAUCAUUACCCAAAUAUAAGUACAAAGUACUCUAAAGGAAAGGCACACAAUGCUAUGAAAACACAUACUGAGAAACCUGAAUCACCUUUGUAGAAGGGAACCGAGAAAUCUACUGCCCACAAAUACCUCUACCACUCCUGGCCUUUGCUUUAUAUUCCUCAAUUAAGCUUUCACCUUGUAGUGCAAACCUUUGGUGGCUGGUCAAAUCCAAAUCCCCAAAGAAAAGUAGGCUUGGGAGAAAGAAUGUCUGUACCAGUGGAACAUUUUUAGACUGUCUGGUUAAGAGUUGAUUGUUGUUCUCUGAAGGAUAUAAUGAGCCACUCCAAAUUUAGUGGCUUAAAACAACAAACAUCUGUUAUUUCUUAUGCUUGUGUGAGCUGGCUGGGUGGUUCUUCUGGUUGAAGCUGGACAGUCUAGGAUAGAUACGUUCACACAUCUGGGGGCCCAGCUUAGAUGCCUGGGGCUGUUGAGGACUCUUUCCAUGUAAUGUCAUCUUCCAGACGCUUCCCAGAUUUGUUCAUAUAGUGGCAAGAAGUUUUCCCAGCAGCAGCAGAAGGAAAGCUUAAAAUGCAGAAGCACUUUUUAAGCCUCUGUGUGCAUCACAUUUGCUAAUGUGCCACUGAUUAAUUCAAGACACAUGGCCAAACCCAAUUUUAAGAAGUGAAGAAAUAGCUGCCAUCUCUUGAUGGUAGUAAAUAGCAAUAAUGUGGCCAAUUUUUUCACUCUACCCUAAGGAAGCACCCUAAGUCACCUGAAAUUAAGUCUGGCAAAUUUCCUGGGGUCUUAAAACAUGACUCUGAAGAUAUCCCCAAAGAGAAGUGUCAAAAUGGCUUAAAGGCAGGGCGGUCUCAUUAUUUGUCCAAAGGGUCUACUUUAGAGGAAUCAAAACACAUAUAGAUGAAGAAUUUCUGAUGCUUGUUAAACAGUCGCUGAGGGAUGAAUCAGGCUUCUCAUUCCACAUGAUUCAUUGUAGCUUAUGGUCACAACCCAGCAGAGGGAUUCUGUAUAUGCAGAAAAGAUGGCUCAGGGUGGCGCCUGUGACUCAGUGGGUAGGGCGCUGGCCUCAUAUAACAAGGAUAGUGGGUUCAAACCCAGCCCCGGCCAAACUGCAACAAAAAAACAGCGGGGCGUUGUGGUGGGCUCCUGUAGUCCAAGCUACUUGGGAGGCUGAGGCAAGAGAAUCUCCUGAGCCCAGGAGUUGGAGGUUGCUGUGAGCUGUGUGACACCAGGACACUCUACCCCGAGAGCAAUAAAGUGAGACUCUGUCUCUACAAAAAAAAAAAAAAAGAAAAGAAAAGAUGGCUCAAAGAGUGGGUGGGCCCCCUGCUCUAGUUAUACUUUCUUCCUCAGAAUACUCAUCUGGUCUUGAAGUUUUAGAUGCCAAACCUUUGUAAUUGCAUGUAUACUAAGUGCCUACAGGCGAUUUCAUGUCUCAAACAGAGAAAGAAGGGAAACAAGACUCUCUGGGGAGGUUUGCUGAGAAUGGAGCACAGACCAUGGCUUUCCAGGCCUUGGUUCUGGCUUAUGGAGGCUUGGUUAAUCACCUCUUCCUCUGAUUCUGUUAGCUCAGUAUCUUUCUAAUA